CUCUUUCAGAGUCAAGAGCAAUUCCCCAUAAGGCCGAAGGUUCCCAAAAAUAACUUGCGAACACCGCCGUCUUCUCUUACCUUUGAAUUGAAUUUGAGUUUUCCGAAUAUUUUAUUUGGCUACAUAAAGAGACUCGCGAGCGAUGAGCCAACACACCAACCUCUUCGUUCCCUCUUUUCGAACUGACGAAGAAGCUAAUCCCAAAACGCAGACGCAGAUGGAGAACGCCAACGGUAGCGGCAGCGUUUGGAGGUUCAGAGGCGGCGACGGGGCGAAGAAAGCGGCGACGGUGACGCUCAGAGGGGUCAUCUACAUGCUCUUCGACAACUGCAGCAAGGACCUCGGAAAGACCAUUCUGCCCCUCGGCCAUGGCGACCCCUCCGUCUACCCUUGCUUCCGCACCUCCAUCGAGGCCGAGGACGCCGUCGUCGAAGCUCUCCGCUCCGGCAAGGCCAACUCCUACGGCCCCGGCGCCGGAAUUCUGCCCGCCCGCAGGGCGGUGGCUGAUUAUGUGAACCGUGACAUUCCGAUAAAGGUGACACCGGACGACAUAUUCCUGACGGUGGGAUGUAACCAAGGGAUAGAGAUAGUGAUAGAAGCCCUGGCCCGGCCGAAUGCCAACAUUCUGCUCCCGAGGCCGAGCUUCCCUCACUAUGAUGCUCGUGCCGUCUACAGCGGCCUCGAGGUCCGAAAGUUUGAUCUUCUUCCCGAAAAGGACUGGGAAGUCGAUCUCGAAGGCGUGGAAGCCGUUGCCGAUGAAAACACCGUCGCCAUUGUCAUUAUCAAUCCCAACAACCCUUGUGGAAAUGUCUACACUCAUGAUCACCUCAAGAAGGUGGCCGAGACAGCUCGGAAGCUCGGGAUAAUGGUGAUCUCCGAUGAAGUGUACGAUCAGACGAUAUACGGAGACAACCCCUUUGUCCCAAUGGGGAAGUUUUCGUCCAUUGCUCCAGUGAUAACCCUUGGAGCCAUAUCCAAGGGAUGGGUGGUUCCUGGCUGGAGAAUCGGUUGGAUGGCAAUGAACGACCCCGAGGGCGUUUUCAAAACCACUGGGGUCGUCCAGUCUAUCAAGCAGCAUCUGGACAUAACUCCGGAUCCUUCCACCAUGCUUCAGGUGGCACUUCCGCAGAUACUGGAGAACACAAAGAAAGAGUUCUUCGCGAAGAAGAGCGCCAUACUGAAACAGAACGUGGACUUGGUGUGCGACGGGCUAAAGGACAUUCCUUGCAUUGUCUGCCCCAAGAAACCCGAGUCCUGCACUUACCUCCUGACGAAGCUCGAUCUGUCAAUGCUGGAGGGCAUAAAGGACGACACCGACUUCUGUGUGAAGCUGGCUAGGGAAGAAAACCUCGUCUUUCUACCAGGAGAGGCUCUGGGACUGAAGAACUGGUUGAGGAUAACGAUAGGAGUUGAAGCUCCGAUGCUGGAGGAGGCCCUUGAGAGAUUGAAGGGCUUCUGCUCACGUCACGCCAAGAAGCCUGAGACUGAAGCUUCCCUUCAAGCUUUGAAGCUCACUGAAAAUGGCGUGAACUAAUCACCAUCUCUCUCUCUCUCUCUCUCUCUCUCUCUCUAUAUAUAUAUAUAUAUAUAUAUAUAUAUAUAUACCUUUUUUGAAUGCAUGUGUGUAUUUCGUCCGAGUUGUAUAAGCAUUCUCAUUUAUAAAUGGUUAAGCAUAUUCUGCA